CGCGCGGGGGGUUCAUGGGAGAGGACGGGUCCGGGCUGGGUACUGUGCAGGGCGAGUGUCCCGUAGGUGCUGCCGUGCUCGGGGUUUGCCAUGGCGCUGCCCCCGGAGAAAGUCUCGGAGCUGAAGCAGAUCAUCCGGCAGCAGCUGAGCAGGAUGGAUGUCCAUGGCAGAAUCCGAGAAGUACUUGCUGAGACUAUACGCGAAGAAUUAGCACCCGAGCAUCAACAGUUAUCCGCAGAAGAUCUGAUGAAAGCCCUAAGACGACGAGGAAUCAUUGAUGAUGUUAUGAAAGAACUUACAUUUGUAACCGAUAUGAAUGACAGAGAGAUGGCUUCAACUCCGAAACCUUCUACACAUUUUGUUGACAGACAAGCUCCAGUAUUGCAAAAAACUAACAUUGACCCAACACGGAGGUAUCUUUACCUUCAGGUUUUGGGUGGAAAAGCUUUUCUGGAACAUCUGCAAGAACCUGAACCUUUACCUGGUCAAAUUUGUUCUACCUUCACUCUGUGUUUGCACUUUCGAAACCAACGUUUCCGCUCUAAACCUGUCCCAUGUGCCUGUGAACCAGAUUUUCAUGAUGGUUUUUUACUUGAAGUACACAAGGAUAGCCUAGGUGACGGAAGUAAAAUGGUGGAUGCAACCACUAUGUUAUCAAUAUGUGAUCCAGUGCAUAUGGUUCUGAUCAAAACUGACACAUUUGGUGAGACCACAUUAGUGGCAUCUUAUUUCUUGGAAUGGCGAUCAGUCCUUGGUGCAGAGAACAGAGUAACAAAUGUUGCUGUAGAGCUUCUGGGUGUAGGUACAGAAUCAAAGGUUUCUGUUGGAGUCCUAAAUAUCAAACUUGAGAUGUACCCACAGCUAAAUAAGACACUGUCCCAGGAAAUAGUUAAUACUCAACUUGCCUUAGAACGCCAGAAAACAGCAGAAAAAGAGCGUUUGUUUCUCGUGUAUGCGAAGCAGUGGUGGAGAGAAUACUUGCAGAUAAGGCCUUCACACAACACAAGGCUGGUAAAGAUCUUUGCACAGGAUGAAAAUGGGAUAAACCGUCCUGUAUGUUCAUAUGUCAGACCACUUCGAGCAGGCCGGUUGCUGGACACACCCAGGCAAGCUGCAAGAUUUGUUAACGUCCUUGGUUAUGAAAGAGCCCCCAUUAUUGGAGGAGGUGGUGGUAAACAAGAACAGUGGUGCACCCUUCUGGCUUUUCUGUGUAGAAAUAAGGGUGACUGUGAAGAUCAUGCUAACCUUCUGUGCAGCCUUCUCCUUGGAUAUGGAUUGGAAGCCUUUGUUUGUGUAGGAACAAAAGCAAAAGGAGUCCCUCACACAUGGGUAAUGACUUGUGGGACUGAUGGAACCAUCACUUUUUGGGAGAGUUUAACAGGACACAGAUAUAUCCACAAUCCUAUCAAUCCUGAUGACCCUCCGCUUGUUGAACAACCCAAGCCAAUGUAUCCUUAUCGAACAGUAGGAUGUGUCUUCAAUCAUCAGAAGUUCUUGGGGAAUUGCCAGCCCUCCGAUGCAGUGGAAGUCUGUGUGUUUGACCUGCAUGAUGAAUCUAAAUGGAAACCAAUGAGUGGAGAAGCAAUCAAAUCUGUGUGUUCUCCAGGGGCCACAACUUCUCUUCCUCCUUUUCCCCCUCUUUGUGCUUCCACAAUAGAUGCUGCAGUAAUAAGCAAUGAGAUAGAAUUACAGCUGAGAAUACUGGUGUCAGAACACAGAAAGGAUCUAGGCCUUACUACUGUUUGGGAUGACCAGUUAUCCUAUCUCUUGUCACCAGCCUUGGCAGCCUAUGAGCUUGAACGUACAACAAGCAUCUCUGCAGGAAAUGAAGAGUUUCAAGAUGCUAUAAGGAGAGCAGUACCUGAUGGUCACACAUUUAAAGGAUUCCCCAUCCAUUUUGUUUACAGAAAUGCAAGGAGAGCAUUUUCUACAUGCCUUCGGUCUCCUUUCUGUGAAGAAAUAAUCUGUUGUAGGGGAGACCAAGUGCGGCUUGCAGUUCGUGUGCGAGUGUUUACAUAUCCUGAAUCUGCGUGUGCUGUUUGGAUCAUGUUUGCUUGUAAAUACCGCUCUGUACUUUAAAAAAAA